AUAAAUUGACAAGUCACAAAAACAAAAAACAGUGUCCGACAAUGUCCACAAAAAAUUAUCGAAAUUUGAUUUAGCAGAGUUUGUCGGGUUGUGAUUUAGGCCUAUCUUUAGUUUUUUAUUUUUUUAAGGCAGACUUAAAUAUGCUCAGAUUAAACUGUGACAUAUUGUGACUUCAUUUUUACUUUUACUUAUUUUUAUUUACAUAAAUGGAGUUGGAGUUACAAGAAUCUCUCCUGAAUGAUGAAGAUCAGAUACCUCAAACGUCAAAAUAUAUUAAAAGAAAAACUGAGAAAGGCCAAGAUGAGAAAGUUAUAGAAACAGUAAAAGAUGAUCAAAUGGAGAAUCUAACAUCAAUAUUACUACGUAAUUAUGAUAAUAAAUUGUAUGGAGAAGACGACACAUCACAACCCACUUCUAGGACUGCACCUAUUAUACCUAUGGAGGCUACGCGGAAAAAGAAGAAAAGAAAAAGAUCGCAAAUAACAAUAUGCCUAACAAAUUGUCGAUAUGAGUCGAUUCGUAAAGUUGCAAGUGCUUUUGGUAUGAGAGAGGUAUCUGAAGAGGACGCCUGGAACUUUUAUUGGACUGAUAUGAGUGUCUCUGUUGAAAGAGCCAAGGAGAUGAAGAGAUUUCAACGAAUUAACCAUUUUCCUGGAAUGUUGGAGAUAUGCAGGAAAGAUUUAUUAGCUCGCAACUUAAAUCGAAUGCAAAAAAUAUAUCCUAAGGAAUAUAGUUUUUUCCCGAAGACAUGGUGCCUACCGGCAGAUUUUGGCGAAGCUCUAAAUUACAGUAAAUCGAGGAAAAACAAAACAUUCAUUAUAAAACCAGAAUGCGGCAGUCAAGGCCGCGGUAUUUAUCUCACGAAAUCUCUGAAAGAAAUAAAACCCACUGAUAAACUUAUCUGUCAGGUAUAUUUAGCUAAACCAUAUUUAGUGGACGGAUACAAAUUCGACAUAAGAGUGUACACCUUAAUAACGUCUUGUGAUCCGCUUAGGAUUUUUGUGUACAACGAAGGACUAGUUAGAUUCGCAACAAGUCGAUACGCGGAUCCAAACGUGAAUAACACAACGAAUGUGUUCAUGCACCUCACUAACUAUGCACUUAACAAGCACAGUAGGACAUAUGUCUACGAUUCUGAAGCGGGAAGUAAACGUAAGAUAUCGACGUUGAACAAAAUACUGCUGUCGCAAGGCGUAGACCUGGAUCGAUUAUGGCACUCCAUAGAUCAAGUUAUUGUUAAGACGAUAAUAUCUGCCUGGCCCAUCCUCAAGCACAGCUAUCACGCGUGCUUCCCUUCGCAUGAUAUGGUUCAUGCCUGUUUUGAGAUACUCGGUUUCGACAUUCUCCUUGAUCACAAACUACAUCCCUACAUUUUGGAGGUGAAUCACUCCCCAAGUUUUCACACGGACACUCAAUUGGACCGCGAAGUUAAAGAAAAUCUUUUAACUGACACCUUCACAAUGCUUAAUAUCUGGCAAUGCGAUAAGAAACGCGUUUUAGAGGAAGACAGGAAAAGGAUUAGGGAUCGCCUCUUGCAAACAAACAAGUUCCCUGAAUACACACCAACAGAGGAGAAAGAACCGGAAAAAAGUCCUUGGCAGACACAAAUUCAAUGGGAGGAGACGCAUUUGGGAAACUUCAGACGCGUAUACCCAGUAGGUGAGCAGUACGCCUCAUUAUUCCAGCAGCCCUCAGGUUCAUUAUACACAGGCACCGCGUCUUCACGGGCACGUGGCGACUGCACUCGUGCGCAGAGGGAAGAAUUUCAGCAAAUCAAAGCAAAAGCAGAAGCGUUAAAGAAACCCUCUCAGCCAAAAGGCAAAGAAGAGAAGAAGGCGCCAGAUGAAGCGAGUGCUGUCACCUCCAUUGUAACAGCAACCACCAGCGCUGACAAGACAAAGAUUAAACCGAAGGUAGACCCUAAGCGGAAAGAUAUCAAGGACGAUAAGAAACUUACAACCAAGUCUUCGAUUCAGCAGGUCAUCAAUGUCGAAGAGAAAGAACCAAAACCAACUUAUGUUUUAUGUUCAUACGAGCCGGACCCUAUAAUUGAGAAGGAGGAACGUGAGCGUGUUAAUUUGUUGGCGCAACGAGACUUCCUUAUUCGCAGCUAUGGAAUGUUGGAACAGAUAUACUUAGUUAUGAAGAAAAUGGGCACUCUGAGACCUGAGGACGAACGAAAGUACGGUGUCUACGGGCGCCUAUCCGUUGUCUCCAACUCGCCGACCAAGAGAAAAAUUAAGAAGAGUAAAGAAAUAGUUGCGCAUGCACACCGCGGGGAAACAUUUGAUGAUACGCGUAUUCAUCGAAUAGACGUGGUGAUGAGCGAUUCUACGAUUUCAUCAUCGCGAUUUAAAAUACAGUCUCGCAAUCUAUGGACAUGUCGCAGAUCUUCCGUUUCAACAAAUAGGUUUAAUGUAAAGUAACGUUCCUGUGCUUAAAUAGUCUUGUGUAAAUAAAACCUUGAAAGUAUUUUCAAAGUGAAUAAAACCAUCCCAACUUUCGUCUGGUCUCGGCACUUCAUAAAUCUUUAAGAAUAUACAAUUGUUUUGUUUAAA